AUGGUUGGAUUAGACGAGAGAAGCCCGCUUCUCGUGGUAGACGAGGCGGUAAAUAGCUCCUCAAGUGAUUCAAGUGUCAGUGAUGGAGAGGAGCCCGCCAUCACCAAGCCCACCCCAGAAUACGGCGCAACACUUCGCCGAUAUUCAUCGCCUGGCUCUCUUCCCCCUUUCCAUCAAGAUCAUCCUCCAGGACAAGAACCAUCACCGAGUUUGGCAAUCUGGACCGUGAUUCCUAUUCUUUUGAUUGGGGUACUUAUUGGUAAUGCGGACGGCACCUUAGUGAUCGCUUCCAGUCAGCAUAUCGCUUCGGAGUUUCAUGCGUUAUCGAAGGCGUCAUGGCUCGUGACGAGCUUUAUGCUCGCAGCAUGUGCGAGUCAAAGUCUAUAUGGAAAGUUCAGUGACAUUUUUGGUCGCAAGAGUAAUCUUGCGUUUGCCUACACAUUCUUUGGGGUCGGCCUUGUUAUCUGUGGUGUUAGCAAGACCUUCUGGCAAGUCCUCAGCGGUCGGGCGCUGAGUGGCAUUGGAGGUGCUGGCAUGACAGCAUUGGUAUCGAUCAUUAUCGCUGAUAUGGUACCAGUACGCGAUGUUGCGAAAUGGAGAAGCUAUGUCAACGUCGCAGCAACACUCGGGCGGUCGAUAGGAGGUCCUCUCGGAGGCGCACUUACUGAUUCAAUAGGCUGGCGAUGGAGCUUCAAUGGCCAAGUGGUACCAACUAUUCUAGGCUUGGUAUUGAUCAUCUGGAAGAUCCCAUCUCACACGGACAAAGAUGAACGAGGUGCGGAUCAAUCGCUCCUACAGAAAGUAGGAAGGAUAGACUUCCUCGGCGCAUUUCUCCUGGCCACAUCGAUCAGUGCACUGCUCUUAACCCUUGAUUUUGCUAGUAACGACUCUCCCUGGGCCCAUAUCUCAAUAACGGCAGUCUCUUGCAUUGUCUCUCUUGUUCUCUUCUAUUUGGUCGAACGCCAUUGGGCGAAGGAGCCAAUCUUGCCGAUCGAGUUAAUCACGAAGCGAGAUGUCUUCACCCCUUACCUCAUUUCUGGAUUUCAGAUGGCAGCCCAAUUUGGGAUUAUGUACUCUGUGCCAGUAUACUUCCAGAUUGCCACAGGCGCGUCAGUGACGGUGGCGGGUGCUCAUCUUGUUCCUGCUGUGGUUGGGAAUGCAACUGCUGGACUUCUCUCCGGGUACCUCAUCACCAAGACAGGUCGAUACAAGAUCUUAACAACAGUUGGAAGUGCUCUCGCAUCGAUUGGCUACCUACUAUUGAUCAUCCGCUGGAAGGGACAGACAGGCUGGGUCGAAGGUCUCUACAUCUUCUUCGGGGGCUUUGGAGCUGGCACACUUCAGUCAACGACAUUCGUCCACCUAGCCGCUGCUCUCGACCACAGCGAUAUAGCCAUUGCGGGGACGGCUCAUUAUCUAGCUGGAAGCAUCUUCAUGCUCACUGGAGUGCAAUUAUCACAGACAGUGGUGCAUACACGGUUGAGAAUUGUCCUCAAUUCGAGUCUUGAAGGUUUCAAUCACAAGAAACAGCUGAUAAAUGAUGCAAUAUCAAGUGUCGAGCUGAUAUGGGAGAUGCCAGAAAAUGUGAAGAAAAUUGUGGUUGGUGCUUACAUCGAUAGCCUUACAUACACCUACGCCCUUUCCUUAAUUUUCGCCUUUCUUGGCUUGCUUGCCGGACUUACUCUUCGAGAGCGCAGGCUCUGA